ACAGAGGGGUCUCUUGAAAAGUUUACCACCAAGGGUGGCAACAGUACCAAUGUCUACCAUGCUGCAUACCACAGAUAACCCAGCCAAUCUGACUGACUACGAGUACCAAUACUUAGAGGAGGAGGAUUACAUCCAGUUUUUGCUUUGCACAAAGGAAAAUGUCAAGGCGUUUGGUAAGGUGUUCCUGCCAAUGCUCUAUACAACAGUGUUUCUGCUUGGAUUGCCUGGGAACUGUCUACUCUUUGCCAUCUUGAUCAAAUAUACCAAGAACAAGAAAAUGACCGAGGUGUAUCUGCUGAAUCUGACCGUUUCAGACCUUCUUUUCGUGGUAACCCUUCCCUUCUGGGCCACGUACGCAGCGUCUCAGUGGGUGUUUGGGAAUGCCUUCUGCAAGAUCAUAAGUGUCAUCUACACCACCAACUUCUACAGUGGCAUCUUCUUUGUCAGCUGCAUGAGUCUGGACAAAUACCUGGAGAUUGUUCAUGCUUGGUCCAAUAAAAACUUAAGGGCCCCAAGAAAGAGCUUCCUUGUCUCUUCAGUAGUGUGGGUUAUUUCCAUAGUGCUGUCUAUUCCUGACUUUAUCUUCAUGCAGGUGCAGGAUCUCCACAACGGGAGACGAGUUUGCCACCUCGACUAUGGCCUGCACAACUCCAUCUGGCAGCUUCUCUUUCAAUUCCAGCAGAUCCUGCUAGGCUUCUUCCUUCCAUUCCUUUGCAUGGUGUUCUUCUACUCCCGCGUAGCUUGUGUCCUCACUGCGUUAAUGUCUCCUGGCAAGAAGAGAGCUCUCCGCCUGGUCGUUCUUUUGGUGGUAGUUUUCUUUGUGCUAUGGUUCCCGUACAACGUUACCCUCUUUCUGCAUUUGUUGCAAAACCUCCAUGUGAUUAAGGAUUGUGAAACUAGCAAGCACUUGGACUACGCUAUGCAAGUGACUGAGAGCCUUGCCUUUAUUCAUUGUUGCCUCAACCCCUUGCUGUAUGCUUUUGUGAACAAACGGUUCAGGUUACACUUAAAGAAGAUUUUUGGGGCCAUAUUCAGGAGGCAGGAUUUCUUUGUUCUCCAGGUGUCCGAGACAAGUCGUUCUUCUAGUAGGUGCACCGACCAAGUAGAAAUGACAAGCAUCACGAAUGUGUAAUGAAUAUUUAGAGAAUUUCAUUGCUGUACAUGUUUUAUUAUCACAUAUUGUACUGUUUCCGGCGUGGAACUCAUUCUGGAGUGAUGUAUGCAUAAGCGGUUGGAGCACAGACCUGGGAAUCACGAAGGACCAAGUAUUAAUCCCAGCUCUAGCACUGGGAUCAGUUGUUUUGGGCAAAUCACAACCUGCCUCUGCCUCCGUUUCCCUAUCUGUGAACUCAUGGGGAUGGUAAUAAUUUGUUGGGAGGAUUUUUCUAGAAUGGUGUAAAUGUGGAGUAAUCCCACUGAAGUUGGGAAUCAUUUUUGCAUUUACACCGGUGUGUCUGAGAGCAGAAUCUGUCCCUGUAAUCAGUCACAAUGAGGAUAUUCCAACAGAAUGGAAUUUGGCCGUGCAACUAGAGUUACAAAGGGAUUACUCUGGAUUUAUACUGGUGUAACUGGCAGCUAAAAUUUGCCUGAUGUUUGUAAAGCAUGUGGGCCCAGAUCUGGACUUCCAGAGUCUUUGGGCUCCUAACUCCCAUUGAAAUAAAUGAAAGUUAGGCACCUAAAUACCUCGGAGAAUCUGGGCUGUGGCGCAAACUGAGUGUGUGAGGCAGAGUGGCCUCCCUCCAAGCCUGACAGGGAGGAAACACUCCACAUCUCCUGACUGGGCAGAACCAAGCUAGCCCUGUUCCUGUGCUGGAAGUGGAGGGGCAGGACAGGAAGUAUAAAAGGAAGGCCUUCCAGCUAAGUUGGACUGGAGCCAGAUAUCUCUACCUUGCUGCGGAACUCUGGACCAGAGACCGAGCAAUGCAGUGCCCCAGGAAGAGACCAGCUGGGGAGAGGAGUUGGUGGACAGGGGUCCCAUGCAUUUACUCCGAGGAGACUGAAGACCUAUGGAUGAAGGAGCCACACCAAGGAAGGGUGGUUGGAAGUAGCUGAGGGGAACCAGACAUUAGCCCAGUUAUGUGGCCAGUAAAUGAGUCAGCAUGUUUCGGUGACUUCCCUGCUGACCCAGUGGUGGGACCACCCACGACUGUUUGGGCUCUGGGCUGGGACCUGGUGGAGUAGAGGGGCCUGGGUCCUCCUUCCCCCUGCUGCCAACCCCACCCCUGAGGUGGGGGUCUAUUCACCCUAGGCCAGAAGGCCUGUGGCUCUGCCCUGCCCAGAGGAGUAGAGCCCCAGACUACUUCUGCUGUCUGCUCCAGCUUGAAGGAUGUAGCUAAAGGCUGCUCUUUACUCUCCCCGGCCAGAGGGUCAAGGCAAUAGAUUGUAGAUUGCUAUCUGCCUCAGCCAGGAGGCUGGGCAAUAGACUGUGUGCUGUUCUGUCCUGAGGGUCAGAGCCCUAACCUUCUUAAUGACUGCUCACUAUGUGACAUAGUGAGGCCGAGUGGGGAGGGACAACCACAGAACCACUGCACUGAGCAAACUGAGUUCUAAGUAUUAUCAGUGAGGGCAUACACAAACACAUACACACAGAGAGAUCUGGAUUACGUACAAUUUAGAUGUCAAAUAAGUGAAACCUGGCGUAAUGGGCUGUCCACCCCACCCCGCACAAGAGUGGAAGUGGUUAAUGGAGGACAAGUGGGCCAAUUAACCUAGUAGAUUGAAUACUGAAAGGAAAGCCCUGAUUAGAGAAACAGGUUUAUCUGUGAAGGAACAGGCGGGGCCUAUAUCAAGCCAGGUAGCUGGCUACAGAUAGGCAGUGAUUGCUGGGAAAGGCUGCAGUCAUUCCCUGAGUGGAGGGAGGUGGGAGGCUGGCAAACCCAGAGAGGGGGGAAGCUAGAAAAGUAGGAAGAAGCCCAGGGAAACAGCAGCAAGAGGUAGGAGUAUGCAGGGACUGUGGUUGCUUGUUAUAGAGUUCCUGGGCUGGAAGCCGGUGUAGAGGGUGGACCUGUGUUCCCCUCGCUGUCGCUGGGAAGUGGAAAGGGCAUUGGAGAUGCUAGCCAGCCAGUGGGUGUGGAAGGACUUUGAAUUCCCUGGAAGGGGAGGAUCUUAGUGACCCAGCCUGAGGGCCAAGCCACGAAGAGGAGACUGCAGUCCCUGGUGUGCGAGGGGCUGCAGGGCAAGAUAGUACAGGAGAAGAUCUUGCCAGAAGGGAAGCAUAAUGCAGAGCUAAUUCCCAGGACAGC